AUGGAGCCGGCGGAGCCCUUCCUCUUCCAGUGGGCCGACGGGGCCGGGCCGGGCGGGAUGCAGUUCGUGUCGGCGCGUCCGCUCUGCAUCCCCGGACCCGACGGGGCCGGGGCGCCGGCGGCGGGGGCCGGGGGACCGGGGGGACCCGGGGCACCCCCACCGGCGGCGGCGGCGGCGGCGGCGGGGCCCGACCCCCGCGCCUGGGCGUGGGACGACCUCUGCCCCCGGGACCAGUCGCCCAGGGCCGACCUGGCCGAAGGCCUCCCGCCCGUCCAGGCCCAGGAGUGGGACAUGGACGCCCGGCGGGCGAUGCCCUUCCAGUUCCCGGCCUUCCCCGAGAGGACGCCCGUUUUCCCCGACCGGAUGAUGAGGGAGCCCCAACUGCCCCCGGCCGAGAUCUCCCUGUGGACCGUGGUGGCCGCCAUCCAGGCCGUGGAGCGCAAGGUGGAGGCCCAGGCCAGCCAGCUCCUGAACCUGGAGGGCCGGACGGGCACGGCGGAGAAGAAGCUGGCUGACUGCGAGAAGACGGCGGCCGAGUUCGGCAACCACGUGGAGGGCAAGUGGGCUGUGCUGGGCACCCUGCUGCAGGAGUACGGGCUCCUGCAGAGGAGGCUGGAGAACGUGGAGAACCUGCUCAGGAACAGGAACUUCUGGGUCCUCCGCCUCCCGCCGGGCAGCAACGGGGAGGUCCCCAAGGUCCCGGUGACGUUCGUCGACAUCGCGGUUUAUUUCUCCGAGGACGAGUGGAAGAACUUGGAUGAGUGGCAGAAGGAACUCUAUAAUAAUCUCCUGAGAGAGAACUACAAAACCCUGAUGUCGCUGGGAGAGGACCCAGAGGAAUCCGUGCCCAAGCCCGACGCUCUCUCCCGGGUGGAGCCGAGGGAUGAAUCAUGCGUGUGGGAGCAGAACGAGCCUCAGGAGAGGGAAAUCCCGAUGGAUCCAGGCUCAGGAGCAGAGGCCCUGAUCCCCGUGGCGGACCCCUCCGCUCAGGUGAAGCGGGAGACGGCCCUCGGGGUCAGAGGUCAGCGGGGCCCAGGGGAAGGAGAGCCCUCCGCGGACCCCGGCAGUGACUCUCCGAUUUCCACCCACGACAUCCUAUCCCGGAUCAAACAGGAGGAGCAGCCGUGUGUUUGGGAUCAGCAGGACCUGGCCGACAGGGAAAUUCCCACGGAUCCCGGCCCCUGUGAGAGGACAGCAGCAAAACAUCCUGGGAUGGAAGCGUGUCAGUCCGGCUGCAUUUCACCAGACUCUCUGAUUUCCGCCCACGAUAUCCUGUCGUGGAUUAAACAAGAGGAGGAGCCUUACAACUGGGGUCCUCAGGAGUCCAUGGAUAGAGAUCUCACCGUGGAUCCAGGUGCCGGUGACGGGCUCCUUCCGGCCAGGGGCUCGGCCCAGCCCGCGCCCCCCGCCGCCCCAGCCGCCCUUCCCCACGGGGGUGGCUUCCCGAGGCCGGGGGAGCGGGGCGUCCGCGAGGGCCAGCGCGGGCCGGGGGCCGGGGGCGGCGGCGGUGGCGGCCUGGGGGGGCUGCGGAGCCUGUUCCUGCCGCCGGCGGGGGCGGGGGCGGGGGCCGGGCGGGAGAAGCCCUACCCGUGCCCGGAGUGCGGGAAGCGGUUUGGCGUGCGCAAGAGCCUGAUCGUCCACCACCGGAGCCACACGAAGGAGCGGCCGUUCGAGUGCCCCGAGUGUGCCAAGAGCUUCAACUGCCACUCGGGCCUGAUCCGCCAUCAGAUGACCCACCGCGGCGAGCGGCCCUACCAGUGCCCCGACUGCGAGAAGACCUACAGCCGCAAGGAGCACCUGCAGAACCACCAGCGGCUGCACACGGGCGAGAGACCCUUCCACUGCGCCCUGUGCGGGAAGAGCUUCAUCCGCAAGCAGAACCUGCUGAAGCACCAGCGCAUCCACACGGGCGAGCGGCCCUACCAGUGCCCCGACUGCGGCAAGAGCUUCCGCUACAAGGAGUCGCUCAAGGACCACCUGCGGGUGCACGGCGCCGGCCUCGGCCCCUCCCGGCCCCACCAGGCGCUGGACAGGGACUAGGGCCCGGCCCCCCCGGAUCGCGGCGGGGAGGACCCGCUCCUUCGCCACCGCGCCUCGCCUUCGGACGUCCCGCCGCCCCCAGCGGGACCGGAAGCGGCCAGGGGAGGGUCGGGGGGCCGGGCCCGCCGGCGCACCGUCGCCCCCGCCCCGAUGGUGCUACACGGACGUUAUCGUGAUUCGGGGAGACGGGGGAGAGGCCCGGGGCUUCUCGGAGCCGGGGCGGCGGCCCUCGGGGUCCCCGACUGGCCUCGCUCCCUGGUGGGCGGACGGCGGGGCUCCGGGCGAGCUCUGCCCCUCCGGGGAGAGCACGUGCUGAGGGGCAAAGGUCAGGGGUGAAAUGGGGAUCACCCGCGUCAUCAGACUCUCCCGGGCCGGAGCGGGGUCGCCCGGCCCUGCUCGGGGAGCACCGGGAGGAAGAGGCGGAAAGACGAGGGCGCCCAGGUUUACCCGGGGAAGGAGCCGGGCCGCCUGAGUGGACGGCCGAACAUCCGGUUCGAUGGCAGACGGUCUGGUUUCCAGCCGCCCGAUCGUCUCCCCCGGCCCGGUAUGGAUGCGGGAUUUCCGUCCGGGAUCGUAUGGCGAAUGUCUGACUUCCCUCGGCCCCAGCUCCUGGCCGCGCAUUCGGCGAUUCGGGGCAGGACCCCCUCCUUGCUCCCCUGCUCAUGGGGACCCCAGGAGGAGAAACCCCGGGCUCCGGAAGAUGCGGUGGGCGGGCCCUGGGGGCCCUCGGACGGACCCGCACAAGGCGGCACCGCCCGGGGGCCGCCAACGGCCACCCUGCAUCUGACAGCAGGCACGACCCACAGUACCCGUGUGCGAGGUGUCCGUGUGUGGUCGGCUCAAAGUCGCGUUUUGCUCCGAGGCCCCAGGCCCGAAUCCCACCUUCCCCAACGGCCAGAUGGGGUUCCCCCCCAUCCCCCCCACGAGCCCUGCCAUUCGGUGCCCUCCGCCCGGCGGAACCCCGGACCCAGUCCGCCCCCGAGGCUCUGAGCCCUUCUCAGAAGGGACUUUCCUUUGAUGCUGGCCUGGGGGCACCCCGCCGUUGGGGGAUGGGUGAGGGUUGGCUGUGGCCUUCUCUGGCUCCAGGUCUUGCAUGGCACGUGCUGGGGCAGAGGAAGGGGACACUUCUUGUAUAAAGGUUCACUUUUCACUCCCAAGCUGACCCUGCUCUCUGGGAAGCGGGGCGAAGCGAGAACCCCCUUCCCCCUCCGCCCCCGUGUCCCCAUUUCUCCCCCCCCCACCAAAGCCACACACAUACACAUGGUUAGCUCUCAUCUUUGGCACCCCUCCAGUUUGAUUUCCGGGCUUUCGGAUCAUUUCUUGCUGUAUGAAAGGAACACCCCCUCACCCCCCCACCCCCUAACCUCAUCACCAAAUAAAGAGGUAUCGGAGCCCAGGGAGUGAGGAAGCGAGCCUGGCGUUGAGGUGUCCAGCUUGGCUCCGGUCGGAUGUCCAGGUAGGGGAGGGGCACCCCUCAAGAAUUAGGAUUUUUGUGGUGGGGCGGUUCACAAAUGGGGAGGAGAAGCUUGGGCAGCGGGGCCAGGCCCGACAAGCAGAAGGCGUGGGAUCUACUCGGCCCCGGGGGCUGGCGAGGUGGGUAGGCAACCAAAGUGGCCAGUCCACUGGCCCAAGAGAAGCAGCGGGGCCUAGUGGGUAGAGCCCGGGCUUGGGAUUCAGGAGGACCUGGGUUCUAAAUCCGGCUUGGCCCCCUCAUCUGUUGUGGAACCAAGUCACUGCACCUCUCUGGGCCUCGAUUCCCUCAUCUGUAAAAGGGGGAUUAAGACU